CUUGUGAUUGGAGCCGUUCACUCACCAAUGGCGAUGGCCACCACCACCCCCGGCCUCUUUUCUCUUCCUCUCUCUCCACAGCCCCAAGCUCGCUCAUUCCAACUCAUUCACCUCGCCUCUCCAACUCGGCCUCGACUCGGCCGGGUCGCCCUCGCUGUGGGCGGUGACUUGCUCGGAGAUUUCGGCGCCAGAGAUCCAUUUCCGGCUGAGAUUGAGAGUAAGUUUGGAGAGAAGGUGUUGGGGUACGAGAGCACCGAGCACAAAAUCCUUAUCCCCAACGUCUCCGCGCUCUCACUGGCACAGCAGGAGUGCUCUCCCGUAUCCGGUUUGGACCCUCCCAUGACUGAAGAAGAUGCCCAGAAACUCCUGAGGAAGGUUGUUGGUUGGAGACUGUCGGAUGAAGCUGGUGUACUUAAACUACAGUGUUUGUGGAAAUUGAGAGACUUUAAAUGUGGGGUUGAACUGAUUAAUAGGAUUUACAAGGUUGUAGAAGCUGCUGGGCAUUUUCCAAAUCUUCAUUUGGAACAGCCCAAUCAAAUUAGAGCUGAACUGUGGACUGCUUCAAUUGGGGGUUUGAGUAUGAAUGAUUUCAUUGUUGCUGCCAAAAUAGAUGAGAUAAGAACAUCGGAUCUUGUCCCCAAGAAAAGAAUCUGGGCUUAGUUGGAAGAAUGUGUAGCCUUCUUGAGGAAACUCAAUAAUUUAUCUGUUCAUUGGGUCUUCUUUGGCAACCAAUCACUUGAGAGGUUCAGGUUGCUGCAAAAUAUGUCAAGUUCUAAUUUUCUCCAUUAUUCUUCUUUGACUCUUGAUUAUAUGAAUCAUUCAUUUAUGUAUUGUUAGUUGCAAUCUAUCAUCUUCAUUCCUACAGUGUUUUGUUUU